UGUCGCCCGGUUAACAGUGCUCCUGUAGUAGUUAACACAUUAGAGACUCUGUUGCAUAUGAAAGAGAGCUGUGAGAGGAGGCUCAGCGCCGCUACAACGUGUUAAAGUGCAAUUCCCAGAGGAUGAACACAGGAUUGACCAAUGACAGCACAGAUAAGGGAAAGGCACCCCAUCUCUAGUAGCUUUCUUACACUCAACCAUAUGCCUUCAGACCUCUCUGAAGCUUCACACACACAAGUCCUCAGUCCAGCGCUCCUGAGCCGCCAAGUCAAAAGUUACCCAAAUACUAGAGGAGGAUCCCAGGACUUCAAACAAGUCGCUAUAUGUCUACAGAACUGAAAACAAACUGCAAGUGAAGUUCUCAUCGGCUGUGGUGAUGUCGGUGUCUCUCUCCAGUCACCCCGCAGUCAGGGACAGGAGUCUGGCUGUCUACCCUUCUAUGCCCGGCGCGCACUACGCGGACGUCCUCAAGAGCGCGCAUAGCAUCUUCCAUCCGCUCAAGUCUCUGGGCCGCAUGGUGACCGACGCACAGACAAUCAUGCCGUUUAACUUCGCCGGGACUCCGUCUUUUUUCAGCCACAACAGCCACCAGACCGCGAUGUUCCAUGAACAGAUCCUCAGCGUGUCCAGCAUGCCAUAUUUCCAGCACAUGCAGCAGUCACAAAGCAUGUACAACGGACAUGAGGAGCAGAGCACCGGCUCUCCGUCCGAGUUCAGCAGCCCGUGCAGUAGAAAGUCUUCUUCGGCCCCAUCCUCUCCGGUUAAGGACAGUUUCAGCUGCCUGCAGGCCGCAGAUCCAUCGCCAGAACACACGCGCACCUACAGUUUUACAGAGGAAGACCUCUUCACUGUCCUGUACGGAUAUUCCAAAAAACAAGGGCAAAAUGUUGGACAUGCCAUAUCUGGAUUAUCAUUUCCUCUCAGAACAGCUGAUCGUCAUCUUCUCCCUGUUGAUACCGAAGGAUUCGAACUCCCAGAAGGUUUAUCGAUUUUCCAAACUAAUUGUGGAAGCCUUUCCCACUAUGGAGUUUUUGCUGACAAAAGCACAUUUCCAAAAGGCACCAGGUUUGGACCGUUUCAGGGCAAACUAGUGAACACAAGUGAGAUCAAAACCUAUGAUGACAACACUCUCAUGUGGGAGAUCUUUGAGAACGGCCGCUUGAGUCACUUUGUGGAUGGAAGAGGCGCUCCAGGGAACUGGAUGUCCUUGGUGAAGUGCGCGCGCUUUCCCGAGGAGCAGAACCUGAUUGCGGUCCAGUGUGAAGGACAGAUAUACUACGAGGCCUGCAAAGAUAUCCGAGCUGGCCAAGAACUGUUGGUCUGGUAUGGAGACUGCUAUGUGCAGUUUCUGGGUAUUCCUCUCACCCUCAAAGAGUUUAUUGAUGACACUGAACCGCUUCUUAUAUAAGACUCUGGAGAGGGUUUCAAGUGUGAUCGCUGUGGUAAAGUGUUUGCUUACAUGUACUACAGAGACAAACACCUGAAAUACACGCGCUGCGUGGAUCAGGGCGACAGGAAGUUCCCCUGCCACCUCUGCAACAGGUCUUUCGAGAAGAGAGACCGGCUCCGAAUCCACAUUCUCCACGUGCAUGAAAAACACAGACCACAUAAGUGCUCCGUGUGCGGCAAAAGUUUCUCUCAGUCCUCCAGUCUAAACAAACACAUGCGCGUGCACUCAGGAGAGCGGCCUUACAAAUGUGUUUACUGUAACAAGGCGUUCACGGCCUCCAGCAUCCUCCGUACGCACAUCCGCCAGCACUCCGGCGAGCGGCCGUUCAAGUGUAAACACUGCGGGAAAGCGUUCGCGUCUCACGCGGCCCACGACAGCCACGUCCGACGGACACACUCCAAAGACAAGCCCUUCUCCUGCGGUGUGUGUGGAACCAAUUUCCAAGAAGCACAAGAGUUGAAAUAUCACAUGAAGACGCAUAAAAAACGACCACUUUUGGAUAACACUGUUCUUCCUGGAGAGAAAAACACGCUCUUCCCCGCCGAAGACUGUUUACAUGCACAGAAACAGCUGGGAGACAGCAUCACCUCCGAGUACAGACCCUGGAACUAAUGCUUCUGUUUCUGUUAGUUCGCCUUUUCUCAGAAGGUUAUAUAACCUUCACUUUCCUCAAGGUUCUUUGCUAUUGUGUAUUUUAUUAGUUAGCCUGCCUGUCCCCUAAGAAAAUAUGUUCGCUUUAAUAUUAUUAUUUUUUUAUGUUGUUGCUAUUUAUUAAAAUGUAGCUCUUUGGCUAGAGAAAUACGUGUUUUUGUACUUUUUAAAGUUAGCUCAAAGCAAAUAUGAUUUGUCGGCGUGUAAUAGUGAGCUGCACAACCAAAGCCAGUUAAUAAACCAAAGACGAACAUAUGAUUAUAAUUAAUUAUUAAUUAUUGUUGUUGUUGAAUGUCCUGUUAUCUAUCGUUGUUUUCUAUUUGUACAGUCUUUAUCAUGAGCUCCAGGCCUACCUGCUGUUCAGAUAUGUCAGUGUGUGUCGGAACGUCUGCAAACU